GUCUGGGGGGGCCGCACCGUCCCGCCUGCGACAGGGACCCCGCUGCUCGGCGACCGGACCCGGACGGCCUCGGAUCUGACGGACUUCUUGUCACCCCUUGGAAACGUGUAAGCAGAAAAUGGGACGGAGAAACCACCCCUGUGUAUGGGGCAAAAAAACACGCCACCAGCUGGGUACGGAACAUCGAGGACACGCUUCGGUUCUCCUGCUGCUAAUUAGUGAAAAAAUAAGCGGCAUCGAAGGAACGAAACUAGAUGACGAAUUUCUUGACAUGGAAAGGAAAAUAGAUAUCACCAGUAAAGCUGUUGCAGAAAUUCUUUCCAAAGCCACAGAAUAUCUCCAGCCCAAUCCAGCAUACAGAGCUAAGCUAGGAAUGCUGAACACUGUGUCGAAGAUCCGAGGGCAGGUGAAGACCACCGGGUACCCGCAGACGGAAGGCCUGCUGGGCGACUGCAUGCUCAAGUACGGCAGGGAGCUCGGGGAAGGCUCCACCUUCGGCAACGCACUGAUAGAAGUUGGCGAGUCCAUGAAGCUGAUGGCGGAGGUGAAGGACUCCCUUGAUAUUAAUGUAAAGCAGACGUUUAUCGACCCACUUCAGUUGCUACAAGACAAAGAUCUAAAAGAGAUCGGGCACCACCUGAAAAAGCUGGAGGGCCGGCGCCUGGAUUACGAUUAUAAAAGGAAGCGAGUAGGUAAGAUCCCCGACGAAGAGAUCAGACAAGCGGUAGAAAAGUUUGAAGAGUCAAAGGACUUGGCCGAAAGAAGCAUGUUUAAUUUUUUAGAAAACGACGUGAGUAUUUCCACCAAACCGGAGGCUUUCGUGACUGUAUGUUUGUGGGCUGGCUGUGGCGCCCUCGUUGUUAUAAAAGUUUCCGGAAACCUUCCAGAACCGUCCUCUCCUGCCUCAGAGAUAGCUCUCGGCAUCCGGCAGGUCCCCAGCUCAAAUCUCGGAUCUCGGGACGUCCCGUGUAUCCCAGGAGUGCUUCCCAGCUGUGCCGGAGCCGGCCCCGGGGAGGUGGGGUGUCUCAGGAUGACCCAGGCGCUGGCCUCUCUGUGUCCGAGGCCAGAGCAUUGCUGGUUCUGCAGAACGGGGGGCCCACGUCACGUGGCAGUGUGCGGUUUUGCUAAGACGGCGAAAACCGCUCUGGGUGGCAGGUGUUGGGAGCAUCUCUCCUGGCUGGUGGGAGAGCCUCGCUCAGCACCCAGCGCUCCGACGCCUUCGCUUGUCAUAGUGAACGUUCAUUCCGGGCAUAGACGCGUGACCGAGACCUUUGAGCUGAACCGUAGUGGUGCUCGUGGGCCUGUGGACUGGGAAGGUCUUGGGACGUAUCCCUCAGACAUGCUGAUAGUCUGUGGUACUGUGACUCUUGCCACCAGCUUUAUCUGCCCAAGAAAAGUUAGAUUAAGUGGAAUUAAGGGGGAUGGUAGGAUGAAGGUUCCCCUCUUUGCGUUGGCGACCAGCCCUUGGGCAUUUUUCAGUGUCUGAGCAGAAGAGCCUUGGGUCACCUGCCUCCCUUUGUCCGGAGUUCCUGCUCUGGCCUGGCCGCCGAGGUGGUGCCACAGGCCGUCUCCACUCAGCCCUCGCUCAGGACCUAUUUGUGGAACUUUUAAACCCAUGGGCACAAAUCAGAGGAUUUUUCCUUAUUUGCAAAAACCAUGAUCUACUUACGAUAGCUCGUUAAUAGGUACAUUGAGGUCUUGUACCUUUUGAGUCGCGUCGAAUGGAGCAGACGGAGCCCCUUUUAUGGCCACGAUGAUGCGACGGGGGCAGGGAUCACGCCCAGCAUCCCCAAGAUGUCAGUGCUGCAGGGAACGGUUUGCAGCUCCCGUGCCCAUUAAACCUGAGUCCUCAGAAGCACACUCUGUUUUGUUUCUCCUUUUAAGUAUUUUAUCAGGUUUAUUUUUUUAUUUUUAUGUUUUAUGGGGACUGGGAAGGGGUGUGACAGUUUGCCCUGUUUAGCUUCUUUGUUUUCCCUUAAAUACAUAAAUUUCCUCUUGACAUUGUCCCCACGCGAUAGGCAGUUUGGGUUUUUUUGUUUUUGGUUUUUUUUUUGGUCUCAGAUUGGUUUUCAGAAAUAUUGGGAAAAGCGUGUGUUUGGUGUCUUUCGUAUCAGAUGCACGCAUUCCUGCCAGUCCCGCGCCCGUCGGCUUUGGUUUAACCCCUCAGGUUGAAUCCCGGGUGAGACUCGCCUGGGCCUGACCCACGUGCUCCAUCAGGGAGGCCGGUCUCGGUCGCUCCGCCCAAGAGACCUGUUUUCCCUUCAGUGUCGGUCAAAAGUCAGAAGUGAUCCUGCCUUGUAAAAACUGUCCAUUCGGGCCCGUGACAGCGCCCUGCCGGCCACGCAGGAGUUAAGCCCUUCCCAGUGACCAUCGGGGCUCUGGCCUCUGUGGAGUGAGUG